AUGGCCGACGCGGAGCCCACGACUCCCCCUCUGCAACCCCCUCUCCACGACACGUCCGCGCCGCGCGACAGGGAGCCGGAUGCCGCCGACAUAGAGAAAUACAGGAAGUGGUGGGAGGAGCGCAAGCUCAGGAAGCUGCGCGGUCAGUACGAGAGCGCGCUCGUCCAGCUGUCGCACCUGGUCAACGAGAACCUCUCAGCCCCUCUCAACAUCGCGUCGGUGCGCGUACGCGGCGCCGUCCGGACACGCGAAUCCUUCCUCGGCUCUCUCAUCGACCCUUACCUUGUGCCCUCUCCGGAUGAGCCGCAGACCUUGAGCACCGUACUGCGCAAGACGAAGGAGAUGAAGAGCUUGCUGGAGGAGACCGACCUGUUCAGCCAAGUUGAGGCCGUCAUCGACCGGAGUCGCGACGCGCUCGCCAAUCCGGACGACGUCGACGUGGUUUUCCUCACGAGGGAGAAGGGGAGGUACUUCCUGAAUACGAGUACGCAAGUUGGGAACAACGAGGGCGGAGCGAGCGCAACAUGUCGCGUGCGCAACGCGUUCGGUGGUGCGGAGACGUUCGAGGCCAACGUCGCGUUCGCAACGAAGACGCGGAUGUCGUUCAACGCGUCGCUAUCAAAACCGCUCACCUCAAAUCUCAAAAGGCGCGGAGAGGUGGCCGUGUUCGGGAUGGAGCGCGACAACUCGAGCUUCGCGAGCAGCUCGGAAGGUGUGCGCGGUCUCCGGGCAGUCGUCAGGACAGGGACGCUCCCAACGGGCUCGCACGAGUUUGGCUACGAAGCCGUCCUGCGGCACAUCAGCAACCUCGCGCCUUCGGCAUCGGUUAGCAUGCGCGAAGCCGCCGGCCAGUCAGUCAAGUCCUCCGUCUACCACGCCUGGACCAGGGACACGCGCGAUGACAAGAUAAUCGGCACGCGCGGCUCGUACGCAAAGCUCUUCCAAGAGCUGGCCGGUGCGGGAGGCGACGCCUCGUUUUACAAAGCGGAGGCACACGGGCAGCUUGCGCGCUCAAUAUCCCCUGGGGUGACGCUAUCGUUGGCCGCGCGGACGGGCGCGCUGUGGAACUUCGGGGCGAAGUCGUACUUUUCUGACCGCUUUCAGUUAGGCGGGCCUGUGAACGUGCGGAUGUUCCGCAUGAACGGUAUGGGCCCUCACGACGGCGUGGACUCGCUCGGUGGGAACCUGUACUGGUCAGCAGGCGUUAGCCUGAUCUCAGAUAUACCCCGCAAGCCACACUGGCCUGUAAAAACACAUCUCUUUCUCAACGCAGGGCGACUUGACGUCAUGGACAAGUCUCGUCCAUUAAUCGAUAACGUGAUCUCGAGUAUAUCCAAGCCGUCUAUAUCGGCCGGCCUCGGUCUCGUGUACAAACUAGAUCCUAUCCGUGUAGAGGUCAACUUUGGUGUUCCGCUCGUGGCCAGCAAGAGCGACGGGUUGCGCAAGGGUUUCCAGGUCGGCAUUGGCCUGGAAUUCCUGUGAUAGUCGGUACGGUUUACAUUGAAUAUACCAUUCUUUGAUGUCGACAUCAGCCACUCGACUGAGCAAAGUCGAUUGUGUCCGGUUACCAUAUCGACGUCAGCCACAGACUCUGCUUUGGCUUCCAUGAAGUAUCCUUUGGUGAAGCAUAUAUUAAAUCCUCGUCGGUGACCGCUAGGGCGCCAGCUUCACUCUUCCUGAUAUUUGACAGACGCG